UCUGGUGACCAUGUGACUGGAAAAAAGGCUGAUGUGGGGAUUAGAACUGAUGAUAUAAAAGUGCAACACAGACAACACACUUCACAGACUCAAGGAGAAGAGAGAAGCAGCUCCAGCUCCAGCGACUGGGAUAUCUGUGACAGCAGAGAUCCACAGUAGAAAUGAACGCCAGCCCCCCAGCAGGAAGCGCCCUGGCCCCUGGUGGAGCCACAGGCCCCACUACACCCAAGAAGGGCCCACCCAAGUUCAAGCAGAGGCAGACCCGCACAUUCAAGAGCAAGGCCCCCAAGCCAGGCCAGAAGGGAUUCGGUGAUGAUAUCCCUGGCAUGGAGGGUCUUGGCACAGACUUCACAGUGGUGUGCCCAUGGGAAGCCUUCGGCGACAUGGAGCUCAGCGACUUGGCCAAAUACGGCAUCAUUUAAACCUGCUGCCUCCUGCCUUCCUGCACCUCUCCUCUCUCUAAUCCUCCCCAGCUGGCCUUCUCUCCAUCUCAGCUUGGCACGUCGUGAUAAGGCUGCCAGCAAACCCCCUAAUGCCCUCUCGUCUAUCUACCUCUUUCUUUCCUCCACUAAGUGGAUGGAAAGCAUAAUGAUGUUCUUAUUUUUAUAUUAUUAUUAUAUUAUACUGUUUACAGUAUACAUACUUGAAUUGAAAAGACGAGAAAACCUUUUCUACGCACCUUUUUCCUUUCCCCUUCAUCCACCUGGCAUACUCCCCCUCAUGACUUUUCCUUCCUCCUUCCCCCCUCCCUCCUCUCCCCCUGUGCCACUCCCAACCCACGGCAAUGGACGCAAGCAAAAUACUACUCAGCACUAGCUUGUAUUUGCUUCUAGCUGCCUGUUAAAAUGUAAAUAAUUUGCUCUAUGUAUUAAACCUUUUUACCUUAUCUUCCAUCUUA